AUGCAGAAGCAGUCAGGAAGGGGGUGGUUGUGGCACGCCUUAAAGCCAACCAGCGUCGCAGGGUCUGCAUCCCUGAUUUUCGAGACAGCAUUGGGGCAGCUGCCUGCAUGGGGUAUCACCAAUUACCCGUAUUUGGCUGCAGAGAAGGCCGCGUGGGACAAGAAUAGCAAUGGCAACGCAUUCGUCAUCCACCCUGAAACCCUGGAGAUUAAUGCGCAGAGAGAUCGCUGA